GCGCCGGGUUCCGGAUCCGGUGUGGGAAGUUUCCAGAAUUUGCGAGAACUUUUGGUGAAUCUGCUCCGGGGCUCAAAGCCGCAGCCAUGGGGAUCCUGGAGAAAAUCUCGGAGAUCGAGAAAGAAAUCGCACGGACCCAGAAAAACAAAGCCACUGAGUAUCACUUGGGCUUGUUAAAAGCCAAACUUGCAAAGUAUAGAGCACACUUGCUGGAACCCCCAAAAUCUACUGGAUCCAAAGGAGAAGGCUUUGAUGUGAUGAAAUCAGGAGAUGCCAGGGUAGCAUUGAUUGGAUUCCCUUCUGUGGGUAAGUCUACGUUUUUGAGUUUGAUGACUUCCACUGCAAGCGAAGCAGCUUCGUAUGAAUUUACAACCCUUACCUGCAUUCCAGGUGUCAUCGAGCAUAAAGGUGCUAACAUUCAGCUUUUGGAUCUGCCUGGUAUCAUUGAAGGAGCAGCACAAGGAAAAGGUCGUGGUCGCCAGGUGAUUGCAGUUGCUAGGACUGCAGAUGUUGUAAUAAUGAUGCUGGAUGCAACAAAGGGUGAUGUCCAAAGGAAUUUACUGGAAAAGGAGUUGGAGUCUGUAGGAAUCCGAUUAAACAAGCCUAAACCCAAUAUUUAUUUUAAGCCCAAGAAAGGUGGUGGGAUCUCUUUCAACUCGACAGUUACAUUGACUCAAUGUUCUGAAAAAUUAGUACAGCUCAUCUUGCACGAAUACAAAAUCUUCAAUGCAGAGGUUCUUUUCAGGGAAGACGCAAGUCCUGAUGAAUUUAUAGACGUAAUAGUUGGAAACCGUGUUCACAUGCCAUGUCUUUAUGUAUAUAAUAAAAUUGAUCAGAUCUCAAUGGAAGAGGUAGACCGUUUGGCCAGACAAUCACACAGCGUUGUCAUUAGCUGUGAGAUGAAGCUCAACUUGGAUUAUCUGCUUGACAUGCUUUGGGACUACCUCGCACUAAUCUGCAUCUACACAAAGAAGAGAGGAGAAAGACCAGAUUUUUCGGGUGCUAUUAUUAUGAGAAGAUCAGCUUCAGUUGAACAUGUGUGUCAUCGAAUUCACAGAACCUUAGCAAGCCAGUUCAAGUAUGCUCUAGUCUGGGGUACAAGUACAAAGUACAGUCCUCAAAGAGUGGGGCUGACUCACGUAAUGGAGCAUGAGGAUGUCAUCCAAAUCGUCAAGAAAUAAAUAUUGACCAGCGUUUCCCAAGUAACUGCCGUGUGUCAUCUGCCCUCCCCUUCCUUGGAACAGCAGGCAAUAUGAAAAUGGACUGUUCUGAAAUUGUGAUGAAAGAAAUUAUUGUAUAGAGACGGCUUGCUGUGGCAGCCCGUUAAUUAAAUAUUUACCAUUAUUCUGGUAUCUUAAAGUAUGCUGAAUGUUAAAAUGGGAUAAUAUGGCCUAUUAUGUGUAGGCUAUUAAUUGUGCAUUGUGGUCCCUGCUUAAACAGUUACACAUCUUAAUUUGCAGUACAUUUUAGUACCAAGAUUUCCUACUUCAAAGAACCGUAGGCCAGUCAUUCCCUUAAUUGUUUAUUGAAGAUACAUUCUUUAUUCAUUCUCAAUACACAAAUUUGAUUCCUCAUAGAACUCCAAAGAUGUUGAACUUGUGUAAGGUUUGCUGUAGUUACAGUAAUUCAGAAUAAUUUAUGUCCGGAUUGAGAUGAAAUCUCAUUGAAAUAGCAAGGAUUGAUUGAAUGCUUUAAUCAGUUUAUAUAAAAAUUAUAGAGCAAAGCCUACAUGAUGCUGGUACUAAUACGCCAAAAAGAGCAUUUGUUCAAUAGGCUCUUUUUUGUUUCUUUUCAGUGUUCUGUCCAGCCCUGCAGUAGUUUCUUUUUUUAAAAAAGUUAAAAUUUUCUCCAUGAUACUGUGAAACCAGCACCUAGAUGUUUCAUCCAUUCUUCAUCUGUGAGUAUUAGUAGGAUAGUCAAACCUGAAGAAUUUCAUUGCCAAGUCUAAAUUUAUCUUCGCACAAAACAUCAAAAUGUGCAUUCACUCUUCAACAAGUUACUGAAUAUUAUGGGAGACAAGGCCAUGAUCUUCUGUCUAUCCAUUGCUGCCCAGUCUCUCAGCCCAACCAUGUUGUAACCAGGAACUGAAUCUUCCUGGCUUGUACUACCCAGAGCUUUAAAGAAAUUUUAGAGUAAUUGCCGUCCCUUUCUUUUUUAGGUUGGGUCAAAUUACACUAACAAGUUUUUUGGGGCAAGAUUUUGCCGCCCAAGAGGUAAACCAUGGUUUGACUCUCAUUAGCAAAUAGAGUUUAUUUGAAAGUUUGUGAGCCUUCGAUUUUGGAUAUGCAAAUAUAGUUUGGGCUAUUAAUUAAUUUCUGAAUGAAUGAGAUUUUGAUUUUAAUAAGAAUGAUAAGUGGUUCUGAAAGACACAAUUUCUAUAGCACUUUCCCACUUUAUACUGAGAAUGUUGGGAGUUGGUGGAUGCGGUAGGACCUGGAUUUACUCAGGUGCGUUAUCCAUUUUUGUCGGUGCAUUGAUUUGCUGGCAUCUAAUGAUAAGCUAUUGGUGAUUUCCAUGUCUGCAAUGGAUCUUGCUGGUUAGUUUUUGAGCUCAAAUAGGGAUCUGCAGCACACAGAUGAAGAAACAUCAAGAAAACAGCAUUUUGAGAUUGCAUCUUCAGCCUGAUUGCCGUUUAUUUGGUGGCUGAGCAUCAAGUUAAAAUUUCUGUAGGCCUGACUUCUAAUGAGGAGAGGACAGUGCUGAUAGAUUGUGUGUCUCUCUCAACGUUGGCUUGCCUGCUGUAUGGCAUCAAUAUAAACCGCCAGGAAGUCAGAUGAUAUAUGUGGUUGUUAUAUUCUGAAAGAUGGGGUUUGGCAGUGAAAACUGGAGUGUAGCAAUAACUUCAGGAAGAAAAGUUAUUGAUUUGCAAGCAAAAAACUACAGAUGCUAGGAAUCUGAAAUACAGUUAGGAAAUGGAGGAGAUAUAUGGGUGCAGUAGUCAAUGUUGACAUGGUGGGCCAAAGAGCCUGUUUCUGUGAUCAGGGACUGACAUACUCAGCAUGUCAGGAAGUGUCUGUGUAGAAAGAAACAGAGUUAAAGAUUCAGGUCAGUGACAAAGGUCACCAAUCGGAGACAUCAACAAUUUUUCUCUUUCGAAGGAUGUUUCCUGAGUAUUUCCAACAUUUUCAGUUCUUAUUUUAAAUCAUAUAUUUACAAUGCCUUUUCUGAUCUUGAUGCAACUUAAUGUGCUUCUCAUUCAAUGAAGUGCUUUUCAUAUUUAGAUAAAGUUGUGGGGCUAUGUGGACAAACAGUUAAUCUCUUUUAAUGAAGUUAGUUGAGAAAUAUUGAUUGGUUAGGACAGCAGAUAAACUCCCAGGAUUUUUUUUAAAUAGUUCCAUGGGAUCUUUUGUGAUCACCCAGAAGAGUAGACAAGACUUUGGUGUUAUCUCUCAACAGAAAGGCUUAAACAGUGAAACAGAUCCUCAGCACUGUGUGCCAGUCUAGCUUAAGUCCUUAAGAUUUUGAGUGGCCCUUGGGCUACUCCCUUCCAAUUAAGAAUACAUUCACUGAGCCAAAGUUGAAUCUUCAGUGGUUAGUGAAGUUUCAAUCCUGAUUUAUAGUCAACAUUGAAAGUAACUAAGCAGAGACCAAAGUUAGAAUUGAUGAGUUUAUUUUAAUUGUAAUUGGCCAUAUUAUCAAUCUAAUAUUUUACAGAAAAUUGUUAGAUUUGGAAAAAUGUUACAAUCGGUGGUUCAUCACCAUGGUUUGGGUUCAAGGAAGUUGUUAAGUAAUUUGUAUGCCAUCUGUAUCCUGACCUCUGCCCUAAUGACUUCAAAGAAGUUCAACAUUAUGUAGAAUUAAUAUUUUAUUGCCCAUUGACCACUUCAUGGGUCAACUUAUUUUGCCAUAGAUUAGAGGCAUAUUAAAUAACAUAAUGCAUAAUGUCAUGCAGAAAUGUAUAGUACCUUCUAUGGAUUUGCACAGGCUGUUCUUGAGAUUGCAGGUAAUAGUUUUAGUUCAUGAGUCUGUAUUGGUUAGCUACAUGUUCAUUUAAUUAGCCACACACUAACUGGGUUAGUGAUAGGAACUGCAUGAUUACGAGGAAAUAUGUGUAAUUUCCUUGAGAGCUUGUAGUUGAUUUUAAUGUCACCUUUUUACAGAAUCUCAAAAUAUUUAGAGCAGGGAAAGACCCCGUUCAGCUUGUUAAGUCCAUACCAGCUCUAUUUAAGAGCCAAUGCAGCCAGUCCCACACCCACACUCUCUUCCAUAACUGUCAAUUUUUUUUCUUUUCAGAUACUUAUCCAGCUCUCUUUUGAAUGCUGCAAUUCAAUCUGCCUGCACUACUACCCCAAUAGUGCAUUCUAGACCCUAACCGAUAAAUAAUUUUCUUUAUGUCACUCUUGGUUAUAUUGGUAGUCACCUUCAUUUUAUGUCCUUUCAUUCUUGACACCUCCACCAAUGGGAACAGUGUCUCUUUAUCUCCUCUGGCUAUACCCUCCAUGAUUUAAAAUAUCUCAACCAGAUUCCCUCACAACCUCCUCCAUUUGAAGGAGAAUAUCUCCAACUCUUCUACUCUGUCCAGAUAACUCAAGUCCCUAAUUGCUGGGUUCAUCUGGUAAAUUUUUCCGCACCCUCUCCAAAUCUUUUACAUCUCUCCUAAAGUGCAGUGCCCAAAAAUGGACCCAAUACCCCAAAUGGUACUAUGUUUUUGGCUUUGGCUGCAUUCCCCAGAGGAAUCCCAUCUUUCCAUCAAUAUUUAGAACUGUGUAGUAGUUGGGGAGCAAGAUGCUCUUGCGGGUGGUGUGCAGGGUAUCUCCUGAAUUAGUCAACUGCUCAGUAUUUCUUUGUCUCUACCAACUUUCUUGAUAUUGCUACUGCCUAUUAUUUGUCAUGCUGCUUCUCAGGUAUCUGGUAGUAAUGAGCACUGAUAGGAAAAGUUCCUCCAGUUAAAUAUUGGGAAGACCAAAGCCAUUGGCUUUGUUUUCCAUCACAAACUCUGUUCCCUAUUUGUUAGAACUAGCUCUCUCUCUGGACACUACCCGAAGUUAAAUUUGACUUGUCAAGCUUUCACCUCUGUAAUGUUCAUUUCUGCCCUGCCUCAGAUUGUUGACUGCUCAGCUUCUAAUCCAUACUUUUGUUACCUCUAGACUUGAAAAUUACAAUGCUCUCCUGUGCCCACCUUAUACCCUUUGUUGUCUUGUGCUCUUCCAAAAUGUGACUACCUACAUAUUAACUCACCACGUCCUAUUCAUCUAUCAUCCUUCUGCCUACUCAAUCACAUGGGCUCUCAGAUGAGCAAUGCCUCAAACUUAAAAUUCUCGUCAUUCAUUUAAAAUCCCUCCAUGCCUUUCUUUAUCUUUCCGAUCUUAUUUAGCCUUCUCUAAUGCAAUUUUAUUACAAGUGAGGACAGAGUGUGUAACAUUAUCUGGGACCUGAGAUUCAUUUUUAUCAAAAUCUGAAGCUCUUUUCUCUGUUUUAAAACAGAGAGUUGGCCAGCUGCUUUCCAUCAUUCCCUUGACUACCAUAUUGCCACUGUUUUCUGUCCUAAGUUCAAAUGAUUUUGAUUAAUGAAACUGGAUAAAUGCUCUACUACAUUAUUUUCCAAGCCCUCUAUUCAUAUCCUGAUUUGUUCAAUCAAAUCACUGCAAUGUAGUCACAGGCAUUAGUCAAACAAUCUGUAAAAUUUACACUUAAUUAUGAAGAUGCUGUACCUAAAAUUGUAGCACCAGCAAAACAACUUAAAAGGCUUUAAAUUCUAACAGAUUCCUUGCCUUGAUUGAGAAAUAUUUUUAUGACCUCUCAAUAUGUAAUGCAAUAUCCUUUACUAGGUAAAAUGAAUGAACACAUUUGUAAUUGUAAGUAAAAUAGAAAAUACUGGAAAUGUUCAGCAGCUCAGGUAGUGUCUGUGGAAAGAGAAAAAUGGUUAAUGUUUUGAGUCCAAGACCUUGGUCGGUUCUGUUAACUGUGUUUCCACAAAUGCUGCCUGACCUGAGUGAUUCCAGUAUUCCCAGCAUCUGCAGUUUUUUUUUGUGUGGUUUUCAUAGUCCUAAUUGUGUUGGAGAUAGGCCACCUGUACUCAAUAUCUUUCCUUCAACCAACAUAUUAAUAAACAAUUAACUUGCCUGCUCCACCUGUACUCAGUCAUUUUAGUUCUACCAGUAAUGUUCUGAAAACAGUAUAUAGUCAUUCUCAUCAUUAUUCUCUUGACAGGAGUUAAAAUUUCAUCCCACAUCUAUAUUCCAUAAUCUUUAGUAGAAAAGCUACCAAUUCUAAACAAUUAGCUUGUUGACCUGUAUAUACAUUUCAACUAAAUUAUGAUACAAAGAAAAUGACUGUUUCAUGGUGACUCUAACCAUAAAAGUAUCUUUGUGCACCUUUUGAACUGAUUUUCAUCCUGUGAAUAAUUAUUACAAAGUAUAUUUCCUUGGAUUCCUCCAUUCAAAAUGUACAUGCCUUCUGAGUUAUAACUUUGAUUCUCUGAAAGAAACCCAUGGGUCUUAACUUUGUCUGAUUGUUUCAAAAUUUUUCUGUGCUUUGUGCAUCAAUGCCUUGAUGAUUUAAAAUUUAA